AGGAGGGAAGGCAGCCGGAGCGGCCGUUGUCGGGUUGGCCCGCAGGGGCGGCGAAGUCACCUGCGAGCGGCUGCGCCCGCCGCGUCCAGAUCGCGCCGGCCUCGCGGGGCCCCCACGCACCCUGCGAGGCUGGGGUCGGGGAGCCGGCGGAGUCCGCGCCCGGAGUCUGCGACGAGAAGGAGUCGCGCCCUCGGCGCCGCCGCCCGCGCGGGGCCGGGUUAUUAAAGGAAGAUGGUGGAUCGCCUGGCAAACAGUGAGGCAAACACUAGACGCAUAAGCAUUGUGGAGAACUGUUUCGGAGCAGCUGGUCAGCCCUUGACCAUCCCUGGGCGUGUGCUUAUUGGAGAAGGAGUAUUGACUAAGCUGUGCAGAAAGAAGCCUAAAGCAAGGCAGUUUUUCUUAUUUAAUGAUAUUCUUGUCUAUGGCAAUAUUGUUAUUCAGAAGAAAAAGUAUAACAAACAACAUAUUAUUCCCUUGGAAAAUGUCACCAUUGAUUCCAUCAAAGAUGAAGGGGAAUUACGGAAUGGAUGGCUUAUUAAGACACCAACUAAGUCGUUUGCGGUUUAUGCUGCCACUGCCACGGAGAAGUCAGAGUGGAUGAAUCACAUAAAUAAGUGUGUCACUGAUUUACUCUCCAAAAGUGGGAAGACACCUAGCAAUGAGCAUGCUGCUGUCUGGGUUCCUGACUCUGAGGCCACUGUGUGUAUGCGCUGUCAGAAAGCAAAAUUCACACCAGUGAAUCGGCGGCACCAUUGCCGCAAAUGUGGCUUUGUUGUUUGUGGUCCCUGCUCUGAAAAGAGAUUUCUUCUUCCCAGCCAGUCUUCUAAGCCUGUGCGGAUUUGUGACUUCUGCUAUGACCUGCUUUCCACGGGGGACAUGGCUGCAUGUCAGCCGACUAGAUCAGACUCUUACAGUCAGUCAUUGAAGUCUCCUUUAAAUGAUGCAUCUGAUGAUGACGACGAUGAUGAUAGCAGUGACUAAGGACAUGCUGUGAAAUAUUUAAGUGACUGCCUGAGAAUCAGCUUCGGGGGCUCUCUCAGUUUUGCUCUAGCCAUGACUGCCUGCGAAGUCUUAACCUCUGUGCCUCUCUGUAUCCUGUAGAAAGCAGCCCUGUGCUUUCUGCUCCUCUCUGCACUCACAGGGCAAGCUGUUGCAAGUGCAUCCGUUAGGGUCUUGGCUUCCUACUCUCCUUAUUUCUAGGUUAUUUUCUUGUGAGUUGGAAAAGAUGUUUAUUUAACAGAUCUUGUAUUAUAUUUUCCUCCUGAUAUAGAAAAACUAAAAGCACAGAAUGAUGGAACAAGAGUAUGAUGUGAUUGAUAUCUGUGGCUUUUCCCCAAGCAUUCUAUGUAAUGGUUAAGACACCAGUAACAGAACAUGGUUUGGAAAUUCUUUAUUCUCUUUUUUCAAUACCAAGUGGUGCCUUACUGUGGCAGCAUUGUCACUGUCACUGAAAUAAACGUAAGCCCUACCUUCUUACUUCUUUGAUUGAUUUAAACACACUGGUGCUCUUACAGGUGGAGAAUGAGUGUUUGAUGGAUGUAGGUAAGAGGAUUUAUUUGACAGCUAUGAGGAACUAAAUUUAGAGUUAUCUCCACUCUUAUAUGAAUACUUAUCUUUCAUAAAAUAGUUGUGAUUAUAUUUUUACAUCUUUUAGGCACCAAAUUAUCAUGGUCACAUAUGUGUUUAAAAUUAGCCAGUUGCCACUGUUCGGAAUUAGAUUUGAAAUUCAUCACUAGUAUAGAAGUGGCAUAUUCCACUAGCUUCUACUUUCCUAAUAUAUUUUUACAAAUAACCUUAUUUGUUUUACAUUAUUUCUAAAAGGAAAAAUCUGAGGAAACCCUUAUAUUUUCUAACAGGGUUUCUCUGUGUAGCCUUGCUUGUCCUGGAACUCGAUUUGUUGACCAGACUGGCCUUGAAUUCUCAAAAAUCCACCUUUGCCUCCCCGGACACCAUUACCACCUGGCAAAAAUGAAGUUUUAAGGAAAUCCUCCUAGAAGGACAUGGAGUCUUAUAGAUCUGAAGAGAUCAGAGUUUGACUAGAUUUCCUGUCUGCCAGCAUCAUUGUUGUUGUUUUUUUGUUUUUUUGUUUUUGUUUUUUUUUUGGUGAAAUAAUCUUGAUCUACAACGUGGUGUUGUAUUUUACAGAGUUUAUGAAGCCCCAAACAAAUUUUAUUUUUGUAAAACAAUUGUAUGUUUAAUCUGUUUCUGAAAUCAUUUUGCAAUAUAUGGAAAUAGAGUAGCAGUUUAUUUCUAAAUUGUGACCAUCGGUUGAGAUUGCUUUGAGAACUGGUAGUUACUCUCUUUAUGUUUGGAGGCAGCCAUUAUACUGUAGGCCUGCUCACUGCAUAGCACUGGAUAUGCCGUGCACAUUCUGGCCGCUGGCAUGCCGCAGUAGUAACUAAGUUUUCAAAUGUGGGAAGCCAGCAGGCUGAAAGUUCUGGGUUUUUUUGUUGUUGGUUUUUUUUUGUUUGUUUUUUUCCAGAGUUCUUUUCAAACCCUGCCCGCCUUUUCAAAUUUUAAAACCUGCAUAUUCUGCAGAUGUCCUGGGGUUUGAUUCAGUAACUUGUGAAUGGAAGAGUCAUUGGUGUUUCACUGUGUGGUUACAGUACUAAUUUUACUUUUCAGUUUUGAAAGUGUAUGAGCUAUAUAGGUCUCCCUGUAGGAAAUGUGAGAAAAAGCACAAUAGAACAUGGCUCGGUGGUUUCGGUCCUGAUUUUUGUUUUGGUUGCUUUUACUAUCAGAUGGAUUUGUGUUUGUUUCAAAGCAGCAUAUACAGUAUAUCAGUAAGCAUGUUUGAAAGGACCAUAAAAAUCAGAGAAAUGCUGAUGGAAACUUGGAAAUUCAGGAACCAAGGGGAAAUGUCCUGAGAUAACAUUUGCAUUGUCGACCUCUGUUGACUGUUUUUACAAUAAAAAUAUUUUGCAGCUUA